GUGAGUGGUGACCAUUCACGGAAGGGACAGCCUGAAGCGCUCGCGUGAGGAGGUCGAGGAGCAGGCUGCACCCAUGGCGUCGUCCCAAGCUCGCAACCCGGGGCUGGCCGCGGCGGUGCCACCGGCUGGAAAUGGCGAGCCACGAGUGAUGACGAUGGACGACUACAUCGAAUUCACACAGAGCGUCAAGCGUACAUUCGGCCAGGCGAAGUACCACGAGUUCUUCGAAGUCCUCCAACAAAUCGACAGCAUUGGAGCAAGAGCCGUCUACGACCGCUUGAAAGUUCUUCUCCGCGAGCACCCCGAUCUCAAACGUCAUUUCAAUAUGUUCAUGCCCACACAGUACAAGCUGAGUCUCACGGACGACGUCUACCAGCUGGAAGAAGAGCUAACUGAUAGCCUGCAUGGAAGCGUGAUUGACUGAAUGUCAUCUUUUGCUCAUAGGUCUUGCUAUGGCUAAACCUAGUCAUUGUUGCUUAAUUUCCUUGCUUUGCUCAUAGGUUAGCUGCACUGGUGCAGUGAUAUCUUGAAUGCUUCUUUCUUUACUAUCGGAUCGGAUCUGCUCUGGAACAGGUCGUGCUGAUUAGCUUGCUGAAUAAUGUCUGGAUGUAUCCGUCAUUGUUUAUUUCUCUUUGAAUUUCUGAGAACAGUUUAACUACAACA